UUUGCGCCUGAGGAGCGCGCAGGCGCAGUGCAGUUCCCCGUGGCGCUCGCUUGUCCUUUGUAGGCCGCAAAGCGCCCUUUUUCCCCGGUUGAGACGCAGGCAUUGAGCCGUUUUGGGGGCGAGGAUGGCGGAUGUUUUGGACCUCCACGAGGCGGGCGGCGAGGACUUCGCCAUGGACGAGGACGGCGACGAAAGCAUCCACAAACUGAAGGAGAAGGCAAAGAAGAGGAAAGGCAGAGGCUUUGGCUCAGAGGAAGGCUCCAGGGCCCGGGUUCGAGAGGACUAUGACAGCGUGGAGCAAGACGGAGAUGAGCCGGGGCCUCAGAGAUCGGUGGAAGGCUGGAUCCUCUUUGUCACGGGGGUCCACGAGGAAGCCACCGAGGAGGACAUCCACGACAAGUUUGCGGAGUUCGGGGAGAUCAAGAACCUCCACUUGAAUCUCGACCGGCGGACGGGGUACCUGAAAGGUUACACACUUGUGGAAUACGAAACCUACAAAGAGGCCCAGGCGGCCAUGGAGGGUCUGAAUGGGCAGGACCUCAUGGGGCAACCCAUCAGCGUGGAUUGGUGCUUCGUCAGGGGACCCCCCAAAGGAAAGAGAAGGGGCGGCCGCAGAAGGAGCCGCAGUCCUGACCGAAGGAGGCGCUGAACCGGGAGGAGAACCGACCUCUCGUCCCUGUGUAAACCAUCGAUGAACUUGGCACCAGGCGAUUCACAGAGGAGGACCUCCACGGCCCAUGCUCCCUUUCAUUUUGGUUAUUGUCCCGUUGGGGUUUUAUUCUUGUUUGCAUCAGUCUCUGUGCUGACGCUUCUAGUUGAAACGUUCAGCCGUCGGUGUCUUUUGACAGCCAGCCAGCCCUCCUCUCCCUCUCCCUCUUUCGCAUAGAGAUCGUUGUGGUUUUCUUUUUGGCUUAGAAGGGCCUCUCUGGAAGUUACAUUCGGAAUAAAAAUGCUAUGGUUUGCUUUUUUAAA